UUAGAGUUUCUGCAAGAUGCUGAGCAGCUGCGGACCGCAGCCGGGGACUUUGUCGAACCGGGUGUAGGAAACUAGAUUGUUUAGUGGAAUGUCUCGCACCUCGUCAGCACAGCGCAGAAAACGGCAACAGACCUUGCCCGAUGCCGCGCACGUCGUAUUGAUGAAUGUGGCCAGCGCCUUGAAUGUCGCAGAAUCGUUGAGGAUCAGCGAAUGGCAGUCGCUGCGCCGCAUGCUUAGGUCUAGGUAAGUGAUGCACUUCGAGCAGCCACGAUCCACCAAACACUUCUACAGCCAAAGCACAUUCGAGGAAAGAGCGUAUUUGUGCGAUGACCCCUUUCCCGAGCCCCUUUCCGUGCCGUUCUUUCCUUUCUGUGCCACCUGCAGGUCCCUGAAACCGUCUCUGAUCAUAUCGGUGGAUUCGAUCUCGUAGACUUUGAUGCGGAGAAUCACUCGAAGGUUCGCGAGAGGCCCUGGACUCCCCUGCUGGCCCGCUGGGAUGGACUGCAGCAACUCAGCCAGCUGCAAGGGCAUCAUUUCCAUAUUCUGAGGCAUUUCUAGCUGGACUAGGGACUGUGUUGUGGCGAUGAACGCCCUGAUAUGCGCCAUGUCGGUGGAUACUGAGAACACGCGCUGCAGAGCUGGCAUGGCCCAUCCCCGUCCAUCAAUCGCCGAGAGACCUAAGUGAAUGCCUUUGACAUGAGUGAGGGCGGGGAGGCUGAUAGCUUGGGAAGGGGUGGCAGUAGGAGGUGUAAUGUUGAUGUUGUUCAGCUGAGUCAUCUCUGGCCGUCCCGAAUUCGAAAGUACCACUGCUUCGAAGACAAAAGACUGUAGAGAGCCCUCGACCGAUGUGGUCGUCGGCCAUUCCUUCUCUCUCGCCAACCGCCGUCCCGCCACAUGACCCUCCACCAGUGCGACGAAGAUGCCGUGGCACCAUCCAUAUGCACCGACAUAGUAGCCAGACCUCACCCCUGGUGCCCCUUCAGGUGUUCGUGGAUAGCGGCGUAUGAGACAUCUAAGGUUGAUCAUCUGUUUGCCGAGCUCGUAUGCCGUCUGGGGCGUCAUCGUCUCCCAGAAUGUCCUCUGCCGUGUGUUGCUGCAGUCGAUGACGAGCUCGGUGUGGUGCUGCAGGACUGCACCGCUUAGUGGGGAUGGCAGGGGCGGCUUGAGACACCACACGGGAUUGACAAACGCGUAGACGCCAACGUGAAGCUCUCGAGGCUGCACACAGGGACGGAAGGGAACAGGUCUGGUCCUGGGCCCUUUGUUUGUCGGCGAAUGCUCUUACCAGAGGAAGGCCGGACCAUCCCUGCAGCCGAAUGGCCUGCACGCGUGUUCAGCAAUUCAUUUGUCAACCGGGAGAGAGAGGCAAACACAAGUGGGGAGAGGCACACAAAGUUGAGGAAACGAUGACCGACGUGUGCGCGUUUUCCCAUGGGCAAUUGCUCAUGGUUUACCUUGAAGACGGCAGCUAUCGCUUCAUCACUGGCCGCAGAAGCAUCGUUGCCACACAUUUCGUCAUGUUGGCCGGUGGCGUCACCCGUGGACUGCGGCUUUCGUGUGGAGUUGGGGAAAAGAAAGCCGAGUUGGAGGCAGCCACUCCCGCGCUUCAUCUGUACGACAUCGACGCCCACCGCGUCGGUCACUUUGUUAGCACGACUACACUGCGUGUCACCGAAUUGCCAUCCCUCACCGGGCUCACCUUGAGAAUCCCCUGACGACGAGAUUUUGCGUUGGGGCCGGCUGAGGAUGGAACUCUUUGCUCUUCUUGGUUUGUGCUUGCGCGGCAGCCACCCCGUCUUGCGCCCCCC